GGAAAGUCAAGACCGCAGGAAGCUGCGCGAGCUGUUUGAGUAACUCACCUGCGCGCAAUACUGUGCAAUCAGACGAAACGCGCACGAGACACAGUUCAUUAAUCACCUGCCGCAUAGGUCGGUCGCGCGUUUCUGUAGAAAACAAUGGUUAACAAAGAUUUCAUAAUGGGAUGCUUUGAAAUAGGGGCUUUAUGGCUUAUGGUCACUAUAUUAAGCAUUCAUGCAGAUACCUCUGCAGAUGGAAUCCAAGCUGAAUGUCUUGGAAAUAGAGUACAGUUUAUCCUCCCUGGUUCUUUGAGUGCAGGAGGUCGUUUAGAGAUUUAUGCAGUCAAUGACACACAGACAGUCCUUCUCACACCUCACCUGGCGGCUCAGUGUGGCUAUACACAGAAAUCUGAUCCUUUGGGGAAUACCAUAGUGUCAGCUUCCCUACAGAGUUGUUAUGCAGAGAACCAGGGUGACCAGGAAUUUAGAGUAGCCAUGCAGUUUAAACUGUAUGAAUUCCCCACGCUAUCUGAGAAAGUCCAUGAAGUGUUCAAGUUCUGCAGUCACACCAUGACUUCACGUGAGAUUUUGUGUGAGACAAACUUCAUGGAGGUAUCCGUAAGAAAUGCGUUACCAGAAAUCAAGACUGCAUCAGUAAAACAACUGCCUGCAGUUAUACCUAACCUGCAACUCUGGAAAAUCCUACUGUAUACCCCUGAAGAGAAGUCUUUUGAUAAAGAGACCCUACAAGCGAUGGGCUACAAUGUUCAGAGUUCUCCAACACGACUGGUCAUGCGAAGCCCAUACAACAUGGUCGAAACCUUUGUCCAAAAUGUUGACAGUGUUGAUAUGAUGGUGUUCAAAUCAGUGGUCUUGUUCCGAGAUCGCUGGAUGAUGGCAUUAGUCGAGUCAACAGCUGCCUGUCCAAUCAGUGGAGCUUCAGUUGUGGGUCAAAUGAUUUAUUGGCAAGUUCCUCUGCACAUAACUCCUCUGAUGUCCUUGGAAGUGGAAAUCCUGGAGGUGCACAUGGGCAUCAAUGGCAGAAGGCUCACACCUGAUGAGAUGGAAAGCCGUAACUAUGCUGUGACCUUCAAAGAAUCCCAUGUAGUUGUUGAGAUUCCUAUUGGGGCUUCUGAUGGAUACUUCAAGAGUCACGUUCUUGAGGACCAGUGCCAUGUCAGUUACACCAUUGAACCCAUGCUUGAGUUGCUGUGGAAGGAGGGCCAGGAUAAGACCACGUAUAAGGUCUUGUUCCCCAUCACCACUCCUUUGACACCAUGGUCACCCCAAGUUAAAGACUACACUCAACUCGAGCAGAGGGUAUUUGAUGUAUUGCUGGGUUACCUCCUUCCUGAUGUGGAGCUGGUCAAUAUCACCUUUGGCUCUGAAUUGCUCACGGUCUCUGAGAUCAUUAUUAAAGGCAUUAACCUGCAAGAGCACAGCUUUCCGAAUAACACCAAAGCCUUUGCUCUCCAGGUUCCCUUCUCUGAACCUUAUGUGCAAAUAAAGACGGUUCGCCCUGAUUUAAGAACCUACGUACUUGAUUUGGUCUUUGGUUUCGUCAUCUUGCCUGAACGCACAGCAUUUUCACACUCCGUUGUACUAGAAGCUUCUUUAGCUGACAUUGUCCUUCCACGUGUAGGGGGAAGUUGCAAUGAGGACAGCUUCAACAUUUAUGUCAAAUAUGGGAGCACCCCAAGUUCCCAAAUAAAGAUCCAUCUGGGACAUUUGAAGCUGAAUGAUAAGAUUUUACAGCAGUAUGAGCAUCAUUCGAAUGAAACCCAUUUAGAAAUCAUUGUGCCAUUCCUAGCUCCAGUUGUGGCUUUUGAGUCUGUUCAGUUGGCUGGAAUCAUUGGAAGAAUGGAUGUGGAAAUUUACGAUUCCUUGAAUAACUGGAGCUUCAGAGAGUUCUCCCUUUCUUGCCCCUUUUUUAUAAUAUUGUCAGAGUGUUUUUCUAAUGGAACAAUAACUGUGGUGCUUCCCAAACUGGAAUCAGUCCCACAUCUUCUUCCUGGUGAACUCUCUCUAAGAGACCCGUCCUGCAAACCCUCCUACAGUCAAGACUACUACGCUUAUUUUCAUUUUGGUGUCACCACUUGUGGAACCACGCGAAAGCUUGUUCAGUUUGUUGAGGAUACCAUGAUAUAUGAGAAUGAAGUCACCUGGAAAAGAGAUAAACCUUUGACAGAGACCAUACUCCCUGAGCAGGAAUACAGGUUCAUGGUAUCCUGCGUUUAUAUCGCAAAUGCCACCCAAAGCAUGAUCUUUCAUGCGGUUUCACACUUUAAAGAACCGCACACAGAUGUUGGGAAGGGUGAACUCACUGUUAGCCUGAGGCUUUCCAAGGAUAUGGUUUACCGGCUCUUCUAUCAUGAUGGCGACUACCCUGUUUUAAAGUUUCUGAAACAGCCUCUAUAUUUUGAGGUGGGUAUGGAUCACUCCAAGGACUCCAGGGCAGCAGUAGUCCUGGAAAACUGUUGGGCAACAUUAUCCAAGGACAAAGAAUCCAAUCCUAGAUGGGAUUUAAUAGUGGAUGGAUGUGCCAGUCCUAAAGACCCUGAACAUACCAUCUUCCAUCCUGUAACUGCAGAUGACAGAGUGGACAUCCCCAAUCACUUCAAAAGAUUUGAAGUUAAAACAUUUGCGUUGAAAGAGGAUGAUGAGAGUUCUGAAAGUGAGGGUGACAUCUUGGCCAGAAGGGUUUUUGUCCAUUGUGAUGUCAUUAUUUGUCAUGUCGAGGACACUGCUGAUGGACGUUGCUACAAAAAGUGUCCAGAGGCUCAGAAUCUGGAUGGGAGCAGUUCGAAUAGAGUUCGCAGAAGUUCAGGCUUUUCAGAGGAAGCCCUGCAGCAUGUGUCUAUAGGCCCCAUUCUGUUGAUAUGAACCUGUAAGUUUAAGAUUUCCAAAUUAUCACAGGAAAUGUACUUUGAGUAACUCUGAAGGCAUCAACACAAGGAAACUUCUGGUUUUGAACACCACUUGGUGCAAUAUGGAACUCGAAUGAUGUCAUAUAUCUGAUGCAGAUGAUGAUGUGAGCCUGUGGACAUUCUGCGUUGAAUAACUCCUGCCUUGUGGAAUUUUCACGAAUAGAUGUCUGUAACAGACACUCUACUGUUGCAAUUUCUUAAUGUAGAUGUUGUGAUUGUCCACAAGAUGGCGUCUCAAUUGCAAUAAAGCGUUUUAACC